AUGGCAUCCAUAGCUGAUAUCUCUCAAGCACUUGGAGACUAUAUGCUCAGAGGAUGGGUAUUGACCGACCAAUCAUGCCCGACACCGGGGUGUGCUGUUCCUCUGCUGCGAUCUCCAGCAGGCCGAACACCCAUAACCACUAUAUGCGCAAAAUGUGAUCCUACAAACCCUCCAUCUCUACCACAGGGUGUUGUACCUGCAUCAUCAUCCAAUGCCACCACGGAAUCACAGCAUUCGAGGUCGUCAACACCUCCAACAGAACUUUCUGAAGUCCCGGACUCUCCUUUGUUUGUUCCAAUUGAAGAGUCUGAAGAAACGAGACGUCGACGUGCCCAAUCUGACCAGGCAUCUUCGGAAAUCGGCAAGCGACUGCUGAAAGGUUGGGCUAUGCUUGGUGAUGAAUGUCCCAAUGACACAUGUUAUGGCGUCCCACUCGUCCGUCCUCCAAAAUCAGGCGGGGAAAAGGAUCCGAGGAAGGAAUGUGUUAUAUGUGGAAACGUCUAUGUCUCGGGGGUAGAUUGGGCUGGGACACAAACUCUAGCUCUUCAGGAAACAAAAACAGCUACAGCAUCCACAGAUGACAGUGUUCGCAGCCAAGCCGACAGCUCCCAGAUCCGAUCCACACCUCCAACCACCUUACACCAAGAAAUACAUAAAUUUUCUGCUCCAUUAAACCAUCAGUCUAAUGACAAGGCAUCGUUACAGACACAGUCUUCUGUGCCCGCAGUUCCGCACUCUUUGCCUGUUUUUGAACAUCACCAGAAGGGCAUUACCCCUCAAUCGGAUUCACUUUACGAUGUAACAUCGCAGAGUUUAAGGACCUCUCUGCGCACGUUGACAGACAGACUCAUUUCUUUAACUUCGCACCCGGCCCUGGUAGAGCCCAGUGCUAUUGGUUCGACGGCAGAUGCCAUUUCAAAAGUAGCGCAGGCUCUUGUACAGAUGAAAAAUUUGGGCCAUGUUUAA